GGCGAUGGCGGCGGCGCUAGGGUUUUGACCCGGCUAUGUGCUUGUUUUUACGGUUAACGGUGGAUCUGGUUUCGUGGUUUGAAUGCGAGGACCCUUUAUGGGUGAUUGGUGUGAGAUUUGGUCUAAGAUUUGGGUGUUUUGAUGUGGUUACUGUAAGUGAAGAAGAGUCUAUUCGAUGGGGUAGCUGGGUGUCUGGUUAUUCCGGUGGUAGCUGGGUGUCUGGUUUUUCCGGUGGAUUGUGGUUUAAUUGGAACUGCGUAAGUCCAAUCUUUUUCGGAGUUGAAAGCGGAGCGAUGGUUUCAAGUGGAAAGGAUAAGCGGAGCGGUGCGCAUCGAUUCACAGGCAAACGAUGGUGUCUUCAGUUUGUCGGAGGUAAAGCUCUGGGUAGGGGUUUCACGAAUUCAGGGACCGGAGGAGAUGUGGCCGGCAAGAGGGCCGGUGAAGGUGACGGGGAAAGAUACAAGUUUCAGAGCAUUGUGAUUUUCGGGGUUUUAGGUGGUUCUCAUAUGGUUGUGUGUGGGGUUGAGUUUUCGGUGCUAAAGGAAUUAAGUGGUGGUGUGGUUGCAGGGGAGAUAAUUUCAGGUUUUGGUGGUCCGAAAGGUGUGGUUUGGAGGUGGUUGGAACAGUCACAGUCUUGGAUAUGGGCUUUAAGGCUGAUGGUUUCACAAGGAUUUGCUUUAUGGAGCAACUUGAUUAAUAGAUGGGGGAGAUUUGAGUUGAGGGUCGUGAGGGAAACAAAUGGAUUGGAUUAUAGGAGAAUCUCAACUCAAGCUAGGGGCUGUGAUGAAUCGAAAUCGGAUAAUGGUACUCUAACUGCUACAUGGUUGGCAGACUCUUAUGGGGAAGAAGUGGGAGGUCCUUGAUUACUCUUCCAUGGACUAUUGUGGGUGGGCGGAAUUUUUCUAAGAGGUAUGAUGUUGGUCGAUUGUCUUUGGACUUUGAAUGUAUGGAGUGGAGCUUCAGUGGUUGUAACAAACGGUUUUACUACGGUUGGAUUUUCGGUUUUUCAUGGUUGGAUGUGGAUACUAUAAGGGUAAAAAUAUUUAGAGUCAAUUGUGAUUGGGUUUUUCUAAAGAUUAAUCAAGGGAGUGCAGGCCA